GUUCUCAAGGAUCCCUUUUUUUUUGGAUCCGCAGUUGAAUUGUUUCCUGACACUCUUUCUAUAUUUGAUCGAAACAAAAUGAUGAAAUCCUCUUACGGCAUGUCGAGCUGCUAUUACAGCAGCGGCAUCCAAGCCAACAGCAACAUGGCAAAAACCGCUCUGCGCAACUGCCCCGAAGACCCCGUCACCGGUCUCUGCUGCUCUCUAGCAUCCAUCGAAGUCGACGGAGCAAGGAACGAAACCUGCCUCAACAACGGACUCUGCUUGAACGAGUACACGUCAAACCAUACACUGCAUAGAGAAUUCUACACGAGCCUGUGCACGGAAAAAGACUGGACAACGGGGAACUGCCUUGAUAUCUGCAAGGAUCAAAGAGAUGGGAAUGGGACUGCGCGGGUGACACCGUGCUAUGGGGAGACGGGGACGACGUGGUGUUGUGGGGACAAGGACGAUUGCUGCUACAAUGGCGGUGUGCAGCAAGUGACGUUGUCGACGGAAUUCCGGGUGAAGCUUCCUCCAUCCACACUGUCGCUAUCCUCUUCCUCUUCAUCGAUAUAUGGAUCGGGUUCGUGGCAAACGGAUUCUUCGUCGCCGGGGAUCAUUUACAGGGAGACGUCCACUGGUCUUUCGCCGGGCCAAGCAGCGGGGAUUGGGGUUGGUGUUGGUGUGUUUAUUCUGGUGCUUGCGGCUUGUGUGGUAUUGCUUAUGCGCAGAGCGAGGGCGAGGAAAGAGGCGCGGAAUUUGGAAGGAAGAGGGUCUGCAUCUGGGGUUAUUUCGGAGCCUGCAGUUGUUUGUGAAGCUUCUGAAGAUAAGGCGCUGAUGGAGCUCCCGUCGGAUAGAGGUCGUGUGGAAUUGCCGUUUCGUAGAGAGGCAGCGGAACUUUCGUCUGAAAAUAGAUAUUCGCCACCAAUGUUUCAUGGAGCGGCGCCUGUGCACCCUCAUACGGCCUUGUGA